UAUCUUUCAGCGAGCGCUGGCCAAACUUUCAGUAAGCGCUCGGACUCUUUUUAGGUAUUUUCGGGCGUACGUCGAGCGCAGCCAUGAAGCAACUACCUGUGAUCUUCCUAUUCAUGCUCAUAUGUCAAAGGAAUUGCGAGUCGGGGACAGUUGAUAAAUAUGCAGAAUACAACGAGAUCAAUGCACCAGUUGAUGAUUCAGUAUUAAAUGACAAAGGAGCAAAAAACAAGGUGCUUGAAGACGCACUGCGGAACUUCAAUCUCAGUGCACAAUCCAACUUGGCGGCCACUGGCAACAAGAGCAAUUCACAUCCUAUUACAUCGGAACAUUACUGCGAUGUUGAGUGCCAGAAAUCGCGUAAAUCUGCCGGAGAUCUAAAAAGAACUAGGAGAUGGACGCAAAGUCAGAUCACAAGCUCUUCUUGCAAGCUAACUCUUGUCCAUGAAGAGUGCGGGCCAGCGGGGAAAGAAAUCUCACCAGGAAAACUAAGCAUGUGUAAAACAUGCCACAGAGUCUACAGGGUCAGCGAUAACUGUCACCCAAGGCUUCUUCAUGCAAAAAUUUGUGAUGGGAAUGACGGCGGUUGUGCUUUCUAUAAUGGUAGACCACAAGGCACAUGCGUUUCUACUAAGAGCCCAGUAACAUUAUUGCGAACUGUAGGAAACGACAAUUUUCUGUCUGAGGACUUCGAGAUGCCAAGUGGUUGCCAAUGUGCGCUCGAAAAGCACUCGGCUUUAAGCGCAACACCUGAUGCCUGAUGGGAUCACGCGGUACAACCCAUCAAUCCAGCAGAAACCCUACCCAGUAAACGAUAACACUUAUUUGUAAUCUUUUUGUGCU